GGGGAGGGAAAAGACCAUGAAAGGAGAGAGUUGGAUGAUGGCUACUUUUCGGGCCAUUCUCUGCUAAAUUCCUUUGGUCUGUCUCACUCCUAGGCUGCCCAAAGGAUAGUACAAGAGGGUAAAAGUAGAGAGGCAACUUUGCGCCCAGCAAGCGAUUUUUCUGAAUCUUGCGGUCUCCACACAUACUGAACGAGUCUGGUAGACCAAAGUUAGCUCGUCAACGUUAGCAUUGGUAGCUACCAGCUAGCAGGAAGAAAAACCGGGAGAGGAAGAGGAGACAGAAGGCACAGUUAUCUAUCAAGUCGUAUUAUGUUGCCUUUAGGACGGAGUUUAAGCUUCGGGUGACACUGAAGUAGUGGAGUUGCUUCUUCAACGAAAGGAAUUAAUGCAACAGGCACGGAUAAGCGUGAUGUCGGGGCAGGAGGACACUCAUUGCGGUGCCAGCUCGUAUGUGUCCCGAGGCUGGCCACAUUCGGUGCUUUGGAGACUCGGAGGUUUCUUUUUCCUUCUUCUGCUAGAAGGGGCCCUAUGCCUUGCGAGCCCGAGCGGCCCGCCGGGCACUAACAAUAACAGUAAUCGUCCAUAUGUCAAUAUAUUCCUGAGCACAGAGGAGGUGAAGAAACUAUUAGGGUUGGAUGCAGAGCUUUUCUACGUGAGAGAUGAUGAUGUCAACAUGUACGCACUCUCCUUCAUUCCUCCCAUACCCAGUGACAUCAGCGCCCUGCACUUCACGUGGCACUCCAAGAAUAAGGUUGAGUAUAAACUGGGCUUUUAUGUGGAGAAUGCAGCAGCCAUGGACCAACCGCAGAGCAACAUCUCCUUACAAGGGGAGGUGCCCCGCAGCCGCUCAGUUUUCCGGGUAGACCUGGUCUGCUCAGGGAAGGUGGACGAAGAGGCUUUGGUGACUGUGCAGCUCAACUUGACCAUCAGCCCCAAGAACAUCACAGUGCUCAACUUCAAACGCAGGAAAAUGUGCUACCGACGAGUGGAGCAGCCGGACCUUCCCAAGAUCCCCGUCGCUCCCAAACCAGACUUGGAUCCUGGGAGUGCGCCCACCACCUCCACGCGAGUGUUCUACAUCAGCGUCAGCGUCUGCUGCGCCGUCAUCUUCCUCGUGGCCAUCAUCCUCGCCGUGCUGCACCUGCACAGCAUGAAGAGGAUCGAGCUGGAUGACAGCGUGAGCGACAGCGGCAGCUCUCAGGGCCUGUCUCAGCCCUCCACCCAGACCACGCAGUACCUGCGCGCUGACACGCCCAACAACGCAACGCCCGUCACCAACAGUCACCCUGGUUCUGCACCCAUCCACCAGCUUGCUGCCGCCUCCUCCUUCCCAAAUCCCGGCGCCCCCUCCCAGCAAAGCAAAAGCUAUCCUUCGCUGCGCAUCGAGAAGAACGACCUGAGGAGCGUCACCUUGAUGGAGGCCAAAGCCAAGGUCAAAGACAUCGCCAUCUCCAGGGAGAGGGUCACACUACGGGAUGUCCUACAUGAAGGUACAUUUGGCCGCAUAUUCCACGGAGUCCUUCUGGACGACAAAGACCCCAGCAAGGAGAAGCAAGUCUUUGUGAAAACAGUCAAAGAUCAUGCGUCUGAAGUGCAGGUAACCAUGAUGUUGACGGAAAGCUGUAAGCUCCGAGGUCUACACCACAGGAACCUGUUACCCAUAAGCCACGUGUGCACAGAGGACGGAGAGAAGCCCAUGGUCCUGCUGCCCUACAUGAACUGGGGUAACCUCAAGCUCUUCCUGCGACAGUGCAAGCUGGCUGAGGCCAACAAUCCACAGGCCAUUUCACAGCAGGACCUGGUACACAUGGCCAUUCAGAUUGCAUGUGGGAUGAGUUACCUGGCACGAAGAGAGGUCAUUCAUAAAGACCUGGCUGCCAGAAACUGUGUCAUUGACGACAGCAUGCAGGUGAAGAUCACAGACAACGCCCUGGCCCGAGACCUGUUCCCCAUGGACUACCACUGCCUGGGGGACAACGAGAACCGGCCCGUGCGCUGGAUGGCCCUGGAGAGCCUGCUCAACAACGACUUCUCCAGCGCCAGCGACGUGUGGGCUUUUGGUGUGAGCCUGUGGGAGCUGAUGACGCUGGGUCAGACCCCAUACGUGGACAUCGACCCCUUCGAGAUGGCCGCCUACCUGAAGGAUGGCUACCGAAUAGCACAGCCAAUCAACUGCCCCGAUGAGCUGUUUGCUGUGAUGGCCUGCUGCUGGGCCUUGGACCCUGAGGAGAGACCCAAAUUCCAGCAGCUUGUUCAGUGCCUCACAGAGUUCCACGCUGCUCUUGGGGCAUACGUCUGAAAUCCAGCCCCAGGCUUUUGGUUCGGGCCCACCACAGCACUACCUGAGAAGAUUAUAAUGACAAGAAGAAAAUAAACUAGUGCCUUACGGAAUGAAAUAAGAAAGAAAAGGACUUUCUGACCUAUUUUUAUGAAUUUUUUGGGUUUGUAUUUUUUUUGUAAUUAUAGAGAAGACGAUACAUUUCCAGAACUUCAAUCAAGUUACGUCAUUGGUAUUUCUUGGGUCUUCUCCCCAAAUCCUUUUUUUUUUUUUUUCGUAACCUCUAAAGAGCACAAAGAAACUGUUAUCGCUUCGCUGGAGCGAAAGCAUGUGACCUUUCUGAGUGCCCGAGAUCCUUCUGGUCUCUUUCAUCACCAUGGAAAUGUGUACAUCUUCAUCUCUCCCAGUGAAAGAUCCCCCCAGUGCUUGGCCAGACACAUGGACACACUCUGCUGAGGAACUGCCAUUGAUGUAUCCCAGACAUGGUCCGGUGCCAAGUUUUGUUUGCCCCCUUUUUCUUCGGAAGCCCAUCCUGGGCCCCGGGGAACUUUACUCGUGCUUAAAGCAACAAGGUUGAAGUCGUAUCCUUCCAGAGAGGAUGAGCUGAGAAAGGGGGGCUUUUUUUUCAUUGUUUUUGGACAUGGCAGUGAGAGGUGACUCCACUGCACUGAAGCGUGAAUAGGAUGCCAAAGCUGAAAGAAAGCAGCUGGUGUAUAUGUGUGUGUGUGUGUGUGUGUGUGUGUGUGUGUGUGUGCGUGCGUGUGUGUGUUUGUGCAUUUGUGUGUGUGUGUGUGUGUGUGUGUCUGUCUGUGUGUGUGUGUGUAUAUAUUACACAAUCAUAAUGGAGCUUCAGCCAUUUACCUGUUGGGGCCUCUGGUGGUACGCCAAGUCAGACUGAGAUGUUUGCCAAUCCUUGUGCGGUCCCCCCAGCCAAUCCCUUCACAGGGACAUUAGCCCAUGGGGUCCAAUCAGAUGCCCUCUUCUUCACAUGCCAUCCCAGCUAAAUACAUUCUCAACAGAGUGAGUGGACCAGACUGUACUCUACUCUACACCAGACAUAUGCUGAUACUCACUGGUUUCCAACAGAAGACCGGUGUCUGACUGGACUGUGGUACGUCCUCAAAGGAAAGAAAAUAAGAAGUCCUGCUCCUUUUUUUUAAUGUUUGACUGUUCUGUGUCAGAACUAAAUGCACCAUUUGAAAUAUAGGAAACAUUAAUUAUGGUAUUAAGGUAAGAAGAACCCGGUCACUGUGAAAAUCAUGGAGUGUUCGGAGCAGACACCAUUUUCCUAACUCUUCUUUUAGCAUCUAUAGGGUCUUCUUCAUGUGACUUCAUGAUCACCGCAUGUUGAUUUUUAAAGGUUAUUGUGUAAACUGCUUCCUGAUUUUCAUACCCACCUACCAAUUACAAUGGAACCCUUGAAUAAAACAGUCCUUCCAUUGCAUAA